AUGUCACGUAUUGCAAUACUAUGUGUUUUGCUUCUCCUUUUGUUUUUCUGUCAUGGUGAUGCUUUACGCAUUCCGCCAGACUCUGAUUAUUCUACAAUUGAGGGAGAUGACGAAACAUUUUAUAGGGUUGCAAACCUUUCUCCUAUCGGUCGUGAUCCACCUCUUGCUUCCAUAGGGCAGCACUUCAUCACUCUCCAGGAAUGGCUGUACCUCCCAGAGUCUCAUGAAAUGUCGAAAACGCUGCGGCACUCAGAACUUACUAAAGGUAAGGGCCCUGACGCAGGUCAUGAAAAGAAUUCAUAUUUUUCACGUAUUUUCAGUUUUGGAAUUCGUCAAGGCAAGUCGCCAGUUCUGUCUGAAAUCGAUUCUCACGGCCGAUAUGUUGUGGUCGCACGCCAUGAAUUUAAUUCUUUACAAAAAACAAACAAAGAGCAAGUAAAAAGUAGCGAUACUUUGGGUCGAAGGGUGCCUUUUUCAAGCUCGAAAUAUCCACAUGUUGUAGAUCCACUUUCAGUUCUGAAGCGUAGCGAGCUUGAGGUACAUGUCAUCGACUCGAGCCACAUUUUAGUAUAUUUACCCACUGGGGAUGAAAGCGAUAUCGCUGCCGCGUUGACAUCCCAAUCUAUAACGCUUAGUGAUUCUUUAGGAGAGUGGAAGCUAAUUGACGUAUACGGCGGGAAGGGCAAUGCAAAGCCAAGACUUGAAUUGGUCCUAUUUAAGAUUGCCAGACCUUUAAAGGAGCUUUUGACUGCCGCACAAGCCUGCAAUAGAAAAAGAUGCGACGUCUUUGUUGCACAUGCGAAAAAAAUUUCAACACAGACUCACUCUCUGCUUUCAUCUUCUCUUCCUUUUGAAUCUAUGCAAGAACUACGGAUUAUCGUUUCAACUGCUCGUGGGCAGUCCCGACAGGUGGCCAAAGAUCUUGCUCGCAUUGGUGUAAUUCAAGAUGUCGAAUACGGGGGAAAUAGGACUGACGUGUUUGGAGUAGAGGUUCUUCCCCCUCGUGGGGCUCUAAAUAGUAACUCAUGUAAGUUUUUUGUUGCCGAACCAACAGGUCUUCCCAACGAUGCGACCGGAAUUGUACGAGUGAAUCUCGUGUUUCCUCUGCCAGAUGUGCAAACCUAUAAUGCUUCCCCAAACACUAGAUCCGAUGUGCUGAGGUCUGCGUGUUCUUGUGUGCUUGAUAUUUUUAAAAUCGCUUUUCAUCCUUCUGUGCGCUGGCUUGAGGCAAGUCCGACGCGUGUGGAACUUCAUAAUUUCAAAGGCUCUGCUAUUGUUCAAAGCGGCUACACUGAUGAUAAGAACUUUGGUCUAGCGACGCCACUGCGAGAUGCAGGACUGAAUGGUACGGGUGAAAUAGUUGCUAUCGCUGAUUCCGGUGUGGACGUCCAGAGUUGCUAUUUUCGAGACCCAAAACUUGAUGUCGCGCACUACCCCGACGUGAAUUCCAAUCACCGAAAAAUUAUUUCGUAUCAUGGAUGUUUCAACAGCAAUACGAACGAUAUGGAUUACACAGAUUCUCUACAAGGGCACGGCACCCACGUCACAGGCAGUGCCCUUGGUUCCCUGAUCUUCGACUCUGAUAAUUCUCAAGAACAUUCGGAGGAUCAGAUUAAUUUAUUGCGGCACAACGGAUUAGCACCAGGUGCUAAACUUUUUUUUCGUGAUUUAGGUUGCCAGAGCCCAACUCUUCUGACAAUACCCGAUAAUGUUUCGGAAAUUUUUGAUUCUGGGUAUGAAAACGGUGCUCGCAUCUUCUCCAAUUCCUGGGGAUAUUAUGGUAUGAGGGAGUAUACCUCUUUGGAAAAGCAGAUCGAUGACUAUGCCUAUAGACAUGAUGAUUUGCUAUUAUUGUUCGCAGCUGGAAACAGUGUUCGUGAUGGGAUCUCGAUGCCUGGGACUUCUAAAAACGUUCUCUCAGUCGGCGGUCACGAUAAUUCUUUCAACGCUCUGGAGCAAAAUCGAAUCCCUUUUUACUCUCGUGGCCCGACGUACGACAAUCGGAUGAAGCCCGAUAUUGUUGCCCCAGGGGGGAUUGGGGUGGUAUCAGCCAAAGCAAACGCCAAGUGCGCGACUUCCAUCAAGGCAGGAUCUUCCAUGGCGACUGGAUUCACGGCGGGCGCGGCGGCUCUUGUGCGGGAGUAUCUGCGCACACGGCUCGCCAAUAACGCGCCUUCUGGCUCCCUAAUGAAGGCUCUGAUGAUUCACAGCACGGUUCCCUUGAACCUAAAAGAUGAAAGCGGGUAUGGACGUCUGGAUCUCUCCAUCGCGUUUGGCAAUAUUUAUCGUUUGACGAAGAGAGCGAAUACCAAGGUUGUAGAGGUACAGCCAGAGUUAUGGAUGGUUGAACGAAAGGCGAUCUCGAACGGGGAUACAGACAUGUACUGUUUCUCCGCUGCGGAUCCCAUUACAAUCAAAAAUGUGUUCAACUCCGCUGAUGCAACUGCUGCUGAUCUAGAGCCUAAAACAAUGGGGCUUAAGGCUACCUUGGUGUGGACAGACAUCCCGAUCGCACUUGAGGGCUCGGCGCGAACUUUGGUGCAUAAUCUUGAUCUUGUUAUUAUUGACUACACAGGUGCAAUUCAUUAUUCAAAUACCAAAAAACCCAAAGUUCGUUUUUUAGAUCGCACUAAUAAUGCGGAGCAGGUGCAGAUCGAGCUGACAGAAGAGCUUAGUACGAGCUUUCGCAUAUUAGUCUACGGUGAAGAAAUUCGGGCUAGCCCAUCCCAAACGUACUCCCUCGUGGUCUCCGCUCCCGGUUUAAAGGAAAAAACAGACUGCUUCGCCGAGUUUAAGCGUUUGGAGGAGCGCAGCACGCAUGUGCAAUGCCCUGGCAAUUGUAGCUACCGCAUUGGUGCCCAAUGUCUUUCCGACAGCCGGAUGUGUGAGUGUCCGAAAAACAUCACCUACUACGACUGCUCUCUCUGUGAUGCGAGAGCCCACUGUAAUGACAACGGUGUCUGCAAUGACAAUACGAUGACUUGUAUUUGCUUCCCUGGUAUGCAUUUUUCCGAUCCCUACUGCAGUAUUUGUUCUGAAGGGUGGUAUGGACCGAGGUGUGAUUUUGAUUGUUCUUGCAUGAACAACGGCAUAUGCGAUAAGUCCUUAGGGCUCUGCAAGUGCUCACAAAAUCAUAUAUAUGGCGUCGAUGGUUGUUUCGAGGGACGAAGCUGCGAGUAUUGCUGCCGCAAUUUUGCUGGUAAACAUUGCAAUGAGCGAAGUUACUGGUGCGAUGCGAAUGGUGGCUUAGUAGAGGCAAAUGAUCCAGGAGGGGGGUACAUUCAGAUCAAUGGAUUCAAUAAAUAUACUUACAUUUCAACGUGUCAUUGGCGCAUCGUAGCACCUCCGGAGCGUCGGAUUUUGAUUGAAUACAUAGAGUUUAAUGUCAGCAACGGAUCCGAGCUGCGUAUAUACGAUCUAAAGUCCAAAUAUGGCUUAGAAACCCCUCUGCGCAAAGAUAUUGGGCAGCUAAAUGAAAAGGUCAAAGUAAAAUCAAUAGGAAGUACCUUGAUUCUCGACUUUGUUUCUGAUUGGUCUCCAUAUCAAGGCGGGUUUCUUCUUUAUUAUAGAUUUUUCCCUCAGAUCGAAUGUCAGAUCAGCUGCAAGGCCCCAUUUGAUCUUCACCAGGGCGUUUCACCGGUUCUGAUGUGCGGCCAAAUUUUAGGACUUCCAGAAUGGUGUAUUUGCACACCUCUUCAAGUAGGAUUGAACUGCAACGCUAGUAGAGGCAGCUUUGACUUUUUAGGAAAUAAUAGCGAGGCCAUAAGACGACACUUGCGUCCUCAAUUCAGUUUCAUUAGUUCUAAAGCGCAUCUGGUACUGGAUGCGUUGCCCUCCGAAGAGGUACUACAUGGUAUGUCGAACGUGGGGUCUGGCCAAAAUUCAGAAAAAGGUGAAAUGUUAAAUAAAAAAAUAAAGCCUGCCUCAAAUUCUUGGUGGACUUCUCAGACGAUCUCAACGGAAGGCAUCGCUCGCAUGCCAUUAGUUGCAAACGGCUAUUCACUAUUGCGUGUGUAUGCACCUAUUGAAUCGAGCUUCUCAUUUCUGGAAGAAAAGAAUAGGAAAGGAGUCAAAUGGUUUGUGAAUCUUACGUUUAUUCCUAUCAACGGGACGUGGGCACAUCAAAUACAGGGCCUUAAGCUGGGUGUCUCACUAGUCGAUCAUUUGGAUAAUGAUUUCUUCUUCAACGACUUUUCUAUAAUACAGCUUCUAGAUCUCUACACAUGCCGAGACAAACCUGUGUUAUCCAUGCUAGUCCCGCUAAAUGUGAAAACAUUGGGGGCCAACGAGGAUGGAGAAUCAUGGGCCACCGUGGAGUUGUUUGUUACACUAUUAUGGAAUGCCAGUGAACCGGCUCCGUCACAAUUUCAAAAGUAUCUAACUAUGGAUACGGUAGUCUUCGCGAGCGCGCAGCGAUACAACACUUCAUCGAUGAAGAUCAAUUCCUCUAAAUUUGGUUAUAUUAAUGAGCCUAAUGUACGCGUUGGCCACAACCAAACUCAGUUAAUGAAUGAAGUGGAUUUACAUCUUACUUGCAAACCCCGACAAAGCUUUAACGUGGGAGCAGGACGCCUGCUGAAACUAUCUCGCAUGAAAAUGGUGAAUGAGCCUAUAUAUAAACACCAUUGUUAUUUAACGACGAUGCAGUAUGUCUUGAUUAUCGUUUUUUGUUUUGUUUGUGCGACAGGAAUCACUAUUUACCAAAAAAAAAUGAAGACAUGGUUCGAACGCCUAGAGUUGAGUUUUGUAUUAUAG